AUGUCUGACGCCGAUGUAAAACCCGGAUCGGGCGGCAGCAUGAAUUUGCUCACCUUGGCUGUUCCGGAUUUUAUGGCACACAAGCCCAACGUCUGGUUUGCCAUUUUUGAGAUAGAGUUAGAGAACCGAGGGAUCUCUGCCGACCAAGCUAAAUACAACCAACUCGUCCCACGCCUUCCGCAACAGGUGGUGACACUGGUUGAAGACGUACUGCUUCAUCCACCUAAAGACGGUAAAUACGAAGCAAUGAAGCAGUUGAUCCUAAAGGAGUCGCAACCCAGCGCUCGUGCUCGAUUGGAGCAACUCUUUCAUAGCACUAAGCUAGGCGAUCGCAAGCCUUCGGUUUUGCUCCGCGAUAUUCAGCAGAUUGCUGGCCCUUCGUACAUGAGUGAAGAAGCAUUAAAAGAACUGUGGCUCUCACGCCUACCUGAUCCUCUUCCUUUAAUGCUCGUAGCUUAUCCAAAUAGAUCACUCAAAGAGUUGGCAAUAACCGCGGACGCAGCCUUUGAGAGAAUCCCUCAACACAUGAAGGCAUCCAGCAGCAUUUUCGCCACAUUAGCGGAUAAAGACUUGAAUGCAAAAGCGCCCGCGCAAGCAGACCCCAGAGACGAAGAGAUAGCCGCGCUUCGCCGUGAAUUAGCAACCGUGCAGUUAGAAAGACAAGGCUUACUAAGACCGCACGCUGACCACGAAAUUGCCGCCGUUCGUCACGGUGCCUAUCAGCCCCGACCCCCACCGUACAGAUCCAGGUCACCGCGCAGACGCAGUCCAUCACCCCCUCGCAGCCGAACCCGAAGUGCCAAUUUAAUGGAUGAUUUGUGUUGGUAUCAUCGCCAGUAUGGUGAUAACGCUCGACGUUGCCGUUCACCCUGCGCCAAGCGUGGUGUAGUGGCACAGGGAAACUAG